GCGCUCGCCGGCGGGCGGAGACGCGCGCCUGGUACUGGACAUGGACCGCGCGCGCCUGUGGCUGGGGCUUCUGCUGCCCGUGGUGGCCGCCCUGGAUUUCAGAUACCACCACCAGGAAGGGAUGGAGGCGUUCCUAAAGAGCGUGGCUCAGAACUACAGUUCUAUCACGCACUUGCACAGCAUCGGGAAAUCUGUGAGAGGUAGAAACCUGUGGGUUCUCGUUGUGGGGCAGACUCCAAGGGAACACAGAGUCGGGAUUCCAGAAUUCAAAUACGUGGCGAAUAUGCAUGGGGAUGAGACUGUGGGGCGAGAACUGCUACUCCACCUGAUCGACUAUCUGGUAAGCAGUUACAGGAAAGACCCUGAAAUCACACAUCUGAUCGACAGCACCCGGAUCCACAUCAUGCCUUCCAUGAACCCCGAUGGAUUCGAAGCCGUCCAGAAGCCCGACUGUUACUACAGUAAUGGCAGGGAAAACUACAAUAAUUAUGAUCUGAACAGAAAUUUCCCUGAUGCCUUUGAAAAUAACAAUGUAACAAAGCAGCCUGAGACCCUGGCGAUCAUGGCCUGGCUGAAGACAGAGACAUUUGUCCUCUCUGCAAAUCUCCACGGGGGUGCCCUGGUGGCCAGUUACCCCUUUGAUAACGGCGUGCAAGCUACGGGGACACUGUUGUCCCGAAGCUUAACCCCGGAUGACGACGUUUUCCAACACCUGGCCUACACCUACGCUUCCCGGAAUCCCAACAUGACCAAAGGAGAUCAGUGUAAAAACAAGAGGAACUUCCCCAACGGAAUUAUCAACGGCUACUCCUGGUACCCACUGCAAGGGGGAAUGCAAGAUUACAACUACAUCUGGGCCCAGUGCUUUGAAAUCACCCUGGAGCUGUCGUGCUGUAAAUAUCCUCGCGAGGAGAAGCUGCCGCUCUUUUGGAAUGACAACAAAGCCGCUUUGAUCGAAUAUAUAAAACAGGUGCACCUAGGUGUAAAGGGUCAAGUGUUUGAUCAGAGUGGAACUCCAUUACCGAAUGUCAUUGUGGAAGUCCAAGACAGAAAGCACAUCUGCCCGUUUAGGACCAACAAGCUUGGAGAAUACUAUCUGCUGCUGCUGCCCGGGUCCUACGUGAUCAAUGUUACAGUCCCUGGACACGACUCCUACCUCACGAAGCUUACUAUUCCAGGGAAAUCCCAGCCCUUCAGUGCUCUUAAAAAGGAUUUUCACCUCCCACUGCAAUGGCAGCCAGAUUCCAUCUCCACAUCCAAUCCUUCAUGCCCGAUGAUUCCCCUGUACAAAUUCAUGCCAAGCCACUCGGCUGCCACAAAGCCGAGUCUGUGCGUGUUUUUCAUGACUCUUUUGUACAUGUUUUUGAAAUAAAGCAAAAUGUGAAACUCGACCCCCUGGAAUCAGGGAUUGGCUACUCCAGGUUAUGGCAACUCUCCCUCCUGUGGGACUGCGAUGGGACAGACUCCACUGUUUUCCUUAAGAAGAAAACCGGAUGUUUUCAAACCUGGCCUAGAGCAACCCGUAACGACCAAAUCGAUCCUCAGUCGGAUAAAAUGGAGGUCACUGCCGAGCUCAUACUGCCCAUGUAAACACCACCCCGAAGGAGUCCCAAACACUUGUAAGAAAGUUCAGAAGCAAAGCAGACAUCCCUACAAGAAAAACAAUUUGUCUACGGAGAGCCACGUGGAUCGAAGCCACAAGGACGGACACUUUCCGAUCACUUGCUGUGUUACGCCCUUUCGUGUUAUUUGUAGAGAGCUGAUAACUGUCUAUAAGUGGUUCUCUCCCCAAAGGAAGAAAUUUCUAGAUAACGAGAUUUACGCUUGCCAAUGGUCUAAGGCCAAAUGAGAGAAAACUGGCAAACAUGUCUGACGUGGCUACAGAUGCAGUGGCCUCUGUCACCUGUGCCUUUGCCCUUGUUCCCCUGCACCUGAUUCCACAGUUCUACGAAGGUGGCCCUUCCUGUCUAACCCCCAGUCUCUUGACUGAGCCUCAGAUGCUCACCCGACACACCCACCUGAAUUCGAUGCCAAUGAACUUCGGUUCAUCCGGUUGACUGCUGAGACGCCAUGCAAGGCUGUUCGAUUCCCAAAUCCAGUCACCGGAAGCUGCUGUAUUGAUCCCUGACAGCCUCUCCAGGCCAGUUAACGCCCCUCGCCGCUGACCCAGCUGCUGCUCGUGAGUAUCUUCGCCAUGUCCAUCUUCCACACAGCAGCUGGGGAGUUGGGCUGCCCAAAGCUCUCCCGCUCCCGAAACACAACACAGUGCUCUCGAUCCCAGGUCUGGAUGGCAUUCUGGUUGUGUCACGCCUUGUUUCCAUCUAGGUGAAACUCCAUUCCAUGGGGGAGUUAAGAGCACUCACUGCUCUUCCAGAGGUCCUGAGGUCAAUUCCCAGCAACCACAUGGUGAUGGCUCACAACCAUCUGUAAUGGGAUCCGAGGCCACCUUCUGGUGUGUGUGAAGACAGCGACCGUGUAGUCAUACACAUAAAAUAAAUAAAUGUUUAAAAGGAAGGAUUCCAAUCAUCGUCUCAUGGGGAAGCCCAUGGAGUUCCAGGUGGUCGGGUUGAAGGCCGAUCCUUCAGAGAAGCUGCUUUUGACUAGUGACUUUACAGCAUCGUGCUGUGGGACUGCUCCGUACUGGCCUUCUCUAGUAUGCCAUGAGCUCUCUAAGACCAGGAUCUACUUGAGAAAUAUUUUUCUCAGAGUCUAGCAAAAAAACAGGAAAUACAUGGAUAGGGAAGUGUUUCGGCAACCCGCUACAGACCUUUCCAGAACUCUGAGGAUUUGAGCAGUUUUGUGAAAAUACGUUUUAUGUUUGGCAACAUUCAGCUUACUAGUAUACACACACACACUUCACGUGUGCGUCAAAGAACAAAAUCCAAAGAUCAGUGCAGAUGGGCGAGCUGUGAGGCUGGAGGGAAAGGCAUUUGCUAGCUGUUAAACAGCAUCUGCCUUUUAGACCAGAAAACAAAUUCUUAUAGUUCGAAGUAGAAGUGUCCCCUGUGAAAGUAACUGUAUUCAAACAUUAGGAGAAGAGAAAGCUGGCGCACACCUUUAAUCCCAACACUCAGGAGGCAGAGGCGGGCGAAUGUCUUAGUAAACACAGCCAGACCAUGUCUCAAAAGUAAAUAAAUUAAAA